AUGCCAUCGUCUGUAUGGGUGCAGCCCUACCGGAAGUCCGGUCCGAUGCAUGCCCAACACGGCCAGAACAAGCGGCUCACGGGGAGAGGAAAGGGGUACAGAGGGGAAAAAGGUGGCCACAAAGAGUGUACACGCAUUCAGGACAAUAACCAAGUUGCAUCAAUAAACGCGAUAGAGGAACGGUGCUUGGCAAAGGCAAUUAACCAAAAAAAUGGUAUUCUCCAGGACGGAUUCUCGGCAUCUGUACCUUUGAGUUGUAAUACACACUAUGGCCUGCGGGUGCACAAAAUAGGGGCACUCAAGGCUCGGGGGGGGGGCUACAUCUAG